AUGUUUAUUGUUUUGGUAAAGUCUAUAAGUUCUCUUAGAAUCCUCUCGAAGACAUUAGGAAAGCCUUUAAGAAGAGAAAUUGGUGUAUAUGAGGUUAAAAUAACUCAAGAAAUUAUUACCGACAUAUUUUUCUUCUGCGAAGAAAAAUUGUCAACAAAAAGUGUUGAGGAUAUGCUGAACGGAAAAGUCUCAUUAGCUAUGUUAGUCAAAAGAAGUGGAGAGAAUCUUCCCGGAGAAAUUGAAGAUAUCGUCCUGCAAAUUGUGUAUGGAAAUAGCCGUGCCCCACCUGGAGAUCAAAAUUCACCUUGUCAAAAAUUGACUAUAAAAAAAGAUAAUGAUGAAGACGAGGAUAAUAUUAUCUCAGGUAUAUGGGCCCCUCCAGACAAAAUGACAAAAGCUCUAGUCUUGAAACACCUAUUCCCCAACCUUACAGCUCCUUAUAAAUUUCCAGAUGCCGAGCCUACACCAUUUUAUGUAGCUGCAGCAUAUGACUCGUUUAAAAGUAGAGAAGUUAUGGAGCUAUCCGAUUUGUAUCCAGGUCAAGUGAUGAUGUACGGGUUCUUUUCGAGUGAUAAACCAGCUGAGGCAUCACUCAUAUCUAAAACUGUUACGGACUUUGAGGAAAGAACUACACCAACUACGUAUUUCAGUGAAGAAAAAAUAGUUAUUCAGCUAGCCAAGACCAACGAAGAAUGCUUCCAGGCUUUCACAGAACUAGGACCUACUUACAUGAGCGCCGAUGCGGAGAAGGGGGAGAUAGACUGUAAGUACUUCUUCCCAGCCGGAUAUAAUGUGCCCAAAGAAGUUAUUCACGAAGUAAAGAAGAAGUUUAAGAAGAAGAAGGCCAAAGCAGCUGUUGUUAAUCAAGAAGAAACUACUUCAAUUGCUACGAGCGAUAUUGCUAAGGAACAGGAAGAUUUGGAGCACGAAGAUGAGGAAGCGAAUAGCGACGAAGAAAGAAUAGAAUGUGAUGUUGUACAAGAAGAAAAUAUUGAAGAAGAAACUAUUGAAGCUGAUCAAAAUUCUGCGAGAAGCGUCAAAGAAGCGGAUAAAGCUACCUCACCAAUUAAUGAUAAUAAGAACUCGGAGUAGGCAAUUCUCGAACAAAAUGGAUCACUGCGUAUUAAUUACGCCGAAAAUAAAAAUGCUUAUUACUUUAUUGUAGAAUAAUAUUUACAUGGAUUAGAUAAGUAAAAAUACCACUUCUUAAACUAAAAGUUAUAACGAACACGCCACAUGAAGUGUAAAAUAAUACUAUUUUUCAUUAUUGUUUCUUUUUAAUUAAUAUUUGAAUAGGAAUUAAAU